UAAAAACGGUACACCCGGAAGUGUCUUAGGCGUGCGGGCGGCGCGCUGCCGGAGGCCUCACCGCUAUGGGCCGCAACAAGAAGAAGAAGCGAGAUGGCGACGACCGGAGGCCGAGGCUCGUUCUCAGCUUCGACGAAGAAAAGCGGCGGGAGUACCUGACCGGCUUCCAUAAGCGGAAGGUAGAGCGGAAGAAGGCAGCCAUAGAGGAGAUCAAGCAUCGGCUCAAGGAGGAGCAGAAGAAACUCCGGGAGGAGCGCCAUCAAGAGUACUUGAAGAUGCUGGCAGAGAGAGAGGAGGCUCUGGAGGAGGCAGACGAACUGGACAGGUUGGUGACAGCAAAGACAGAGUCGGUGCAGUAUGACCAUCCCAACCACACAGUCACCGUGACCACCAUCAGCGACCUGGACCUCUCGGGGGCCCGCCUGCUUGGACUGCCCCCACCCGAGCAAGCGGCCGGGCACGGGUCCGAGGAAGAGGCGUCAUCCACGGAGAAGCUGACCAGAGCCUUACCCAGGAAGUCCAGAGAUCCCCUCCUGUCCCAGCGGAUCUCCGCUCUCACGGCUUCGCUGCAUGCACACAGUCGCAAAAAGGGCAAGAGGAAACAUCCCCGACGGGCCCAAGACUCCACCAAGAAGCCCCCGAGUUCCACCCGUACGAGCAAGACCCAGCGCCGCCGGCUGACGGGCAAAGCCCGGCACAGCGGAGAGUGAGCCCCGAGAACCAGGCCACGCCCCAGCCUGGGCUGUCAGGGGCCAUCCUGUCUCCGCUUGGCGGUCCCAGGAACCCAGCACUGCGGGGGUGACUCUGCAGCCCCGGCUUGGGAGGCAGUUCCUCUGUGGCCCAGAGCUUGGACGCUGGAAGGGGGCAGGCAGCUGAGAGCUGGCUUCCCUCAGGAGGAGACUUCAGAGCCAAGUCGGGGGCAUCUGCCUUAGUGGGAAGGCUUCCCACUGAGCCGUCCUCGGAUUUGUGAAGCUAAGUGCCCCUGUGGUCUGUUUGUCCCUGACCCUGGUGCCACGUGCCCAGGGCAGGCUUCUGAGGGGGUGGAACCUGUCGGGGAAGUGGGUCUGUCCUCACCGUCCAGCAGUCUUCCCCGUGAGGGUGAAAAGGUCGUGUUGGGUCUGGGCCCCCUCACCCGGGCUCCAGGCCAGCAUAACCACUGCUAGGGUCCGGAGUCGUCUGGCUGCUCUGCGAAGCGGGCCGCCGAGGCAGGUGGCUGAGCGUUGCCAGCCUCUGCCCGUUACCGGCUGAGGCUGUGGGUCCGUCCCUUCUCCGUGGCCUCCUUGGUCCCCUCAGCUGAAAUCAAAGUGCUGGAAGCAAAUGAGUUCCAGAGCAUUCCCCAGCCCCAAACUUGGGCAUCCUCCCCAGGCUUCCAGCAGCUCGCGGAGAGAUACCGACCAAGGCGUGAUUAACCCCUUUUAAAGAGAAUGUGUCUCGACUCACUCAAAAGCGUGGCGGUUCCCAGGCAGACCCCUCAGGAGGCCAGUGGGUGUUCUGCAAGGCUGCUGGGUUUUCACGCUCCCUUGUCCCUUCCUUGUCCCCGCUUGUGAGUGAGCCGCCUGA